AUGAUUGAAGAAACAUCACCCGUAGCAAACUGUAUCGAUACUGACAGAAAUGAUAAUAAGGAAAUAUUUACACGUCCAAAUAUAUUAUUAACUGGCCUGCGACGAUCAGGUAAAACAUCUAUACAACGUGUUAUAUUUACUAAAAUGGCACCAUCACAAACACAGUUCCUUAAAUCAACUCCACAACUAACAGUAAAUCGAUUCUCAUGUGGUUCAUUUAUUAGUUUUCAAAUUCAAGAGUUACCCGGUCAAUUACAUGUAUUUCCAUCUUUACAUUUUCCAAAUAAUGACGGUGCAAACCAUGUUCAUGCAUCAAUGUAUGAUGAUGAUGAUGAUGUAACACAUCUUGUUGGAGGCGGUUAUAAUAUGGAACGUUUAUUGAAAAGAUGUAAUGCUGUUGUAUAUAUAAUUGAUGCCCAAGAUGAUUAUGCUCAAUCAGUAUCAAGUUUAAAUAUGAUUAUAGAAUCAGGUCAACGCGUUAAUCCACGAUUAAGAUACGAAAUAUUCAUACAUAAAGUUGAUCAGUUAUCAGAAGAAGCAAAAAUAGAAACUCAAAGAGAUAUUCAUAAUCAGGUGCGAGAUCGUUUUCCAAAUGGCACUGCUAAACCAGAUACAUGCACAAUUACACAACCUGAAUCGAGUUCAAACUCUCAGAAUAUAUUAAUAAAUUUCCAUCUGACAUCCAUAUUUGAUCAUUCUAUAUUUGAAGCGUUUUCAAAGGUCAUCCAAAAAUUGAUCCCACAAUUCAAACAUUUAGAAGAAUUGCUCAAUUACCUUAUAUCAGCAUCUAAUAUUGAACAAGCAUUUUUAUUUGAUGUACAAACAAAAAUAAGUAUUGCCACUGAUUCAUCACCAACUGAUAUGCAAAUGUAUGAACUAUGCUGUGAUAUGAUCGAUCUAUUUAUUAGUAUGAGUCAAAUAUAUGGACGGCCAAAUGGGAAUGUUGUUCAAGCUAUUGAUGACGACGCUGACAGUGAUAGAAUAAUACGUGAUGAACAAUCGGAUGAACAUACUGAAAUGGAUUCUGAUGGAAAUAAUGAAUCUGUUGCGAAUGGUACUCAUUCAUCAGCGAAUUCAGAUUCGAAUAGUUCAUUAAGUACAACACCGGUGAGAGAUUCUUGUUCUUCGUCCACUGAGGCAACAAACGAAAAUGCAUCAAAUGUAUUUGAUUCCAUGUCUUCAAGUAUUGUAAAAUUAACCGGCGGUCGAGCACUUUAUCUCAAAGAAAUUAGUCGUCAUCUAGCAUUGAUAUGUGUCUUACGUGAAGAAGCACUUACAAAACAAGCUAUCAUCGAAUACAAUGUCAAUCAAUUAAAGAAAAGCAUUUUAGAAUUGUUUCGUUUGACUCAUCUGACAUCUCCUGUAGCAUGA